AAUAGGACUUUGAAAUACAAAAAAAAUGUAAAUUCAGCAGCAGAGUAAAUAAACAUGCAUUUUCUUACUACCUUAUCUCUUUCCAAUCAUUCUCUUAGAGGGCGUCGUGAUAAUAAAAUUAAUUCCAUUGCCGAACUUAAAAGUAGUUUACAGUAGGUACAAAAAAAGUAACAGUAAAAUAUUGUCGUUUAGUUAGGUUAGGAAGAAUUUAUUUUAAUAUAGCUAUCUUAAUCACAUGAUUCAGCAGUAUUUUUAUGUAGCUAACUUAACCCCCUUUUGACAUCACUGUAUUUAUAAUGUAAGUACUCAACAUAGCCACUUAAUAAAUGGUAAACCAUUUAACUUAUCACAACGCAGUCUUCCAGAAAGAUUGGAUAACGUGUGGGCAUAAUUUACUAUGCAAUACCAUAAUACUGGUGACUUCAACAUAGCGACGACGACUUAAAUACCACCCUUACAUUAUUUUGGGACAAGCAUGGGUGUUUUGGCAUUCAUUAAAAUGUUUCCUGUGGGCCACUUUGCGAGCUGUGCCAUCAAGGACACAGACUCUUACGUCCUGCACUUGUGUGUUCGAGAAAGAAGUCCGCAGAUUCUGUCGGUGUACGCGACGAAUGCGGUUGUCAUGUACACAGCAGAAAUAUACAGCGAGGACUUGCAGAAAGUUAUUCCAGGUGGAAAUAUUACAACCCAUCUGGAGUGUCUGAGGCAAAGCGUAGCAUCGCAAAGUGUUGCCUUAUAUGAGGCGCAGAAUAAGCUGGUAUUUACCUUGGAGCACAACACAGAAGUGGUAUUAUUACCUGUACGUUUACAGGUAAUUAACUCUGUAGAUGAAAAAAUGGAACACCUGAAGAGUAUUAUCAUUCAACUAGCAAAUAAAGCACAGGCUCAGCCCGCGGCGGCCGAGCGGAGAGGGGACGCCGGCGACCUCGGCACGCUGCCCCGGUACGAGGAGGCAUCGCUCUACCUGCCCAGGGCCAAGAAGAAACACACCAGCCGGAGGUCGGCGCGAGGAAUGAGCAUCGUGAACCCGGCCAGCCGAAGGCUGAAGAUCAAACCAGGCAUCCGCUUCGAUGAUGAUUCAUAACCACGGCAACAUAGGUACACUGGUUCAGACAUUUACAAAUUAUUUUCAACAAUCUAUUGUUACAUAUAUUUUACAAUUUAUUUAUUGUGAUUUUAUUUUACAAAAAUAUUGAAUUUAUGUAUACGUGUUUUCAAAGGUUUUUAAAAUUCGAUUUAAUUUUAAUAGGGAACAAUGGAUAUUUUUAAUAAUUAAAUCUUUAACUUAUUAAAUUUUUAAAAAAAUAAUAAUAAUAAAUAUAAAUUACAAAACAUUUGCAUGCAUUUACAAUGCUUUGUAAACUU